AUGUCAUCUUCGAUACCGCUUUCCAUUCAAUCCUAUUCUACAGUCGAGGAACUUUCUGUGGCUCUUGCUGACUUAUUUGUAACACUUUCGGUCGACGCUAUUCAAACUCGCGGUAGAUUUACUGUCGGUUUAUCGGGCGGGUCACUACCAAAAAUUUUAGCAGCCGACCUCGUGAAGAGAGUUGACGCGGUUGAAUGGGAAAAACUGACAGUCUUCUUUUGUGAUGAACGACUUGUUCCGCUAGAUCAUGAAGAUUCAAAUUAUCGACUAUGUCGCGAAGAACUAUUCUCCAAAGUGCCUAUUCCUGAAGAACAAAUUCACAAGAUUAAUCCUGAUUUAUUGGAGAAUGCGGAAGAAGUUGCAGAGGAUUAUAAAGAUCAGUUGAUUCAUGUCUUUGCACACGUGAAUAGCGCAAAAUUCCCCGUAUUUGAUUUAUUGUUGUUGGGAAUCGGACCAGAUGGACACACUUGUUCAUUAUUUCCAGGACAUCAAACGUUAGAGGACACAAUCGAUUGGGUAAUUCCCGAGGAAAAUUCACCCAAACCACCGCCACGACGUAUCACUUUUACAUUGCCGACCUUGAACCAUGCACAUAAUGUUUGUUUUGUGGCUACUGGUGAGGGAAAACAAGACAUCUUGAAAAGAAUUAUUGACGAGAAUGAUCAAAAGAUUCCUAGUGCGCUUGUGCAACCCGUUCACGGGAACUUGUUUUGGUUCUUGGACGACAAAGCGAGUGCAAAAUUAACUUUGAGGGAGAAGAAGUAA